UACCGUCAGAACGGCAUCUCGUUCCGUGAAAAGACGGGAGCUCUGCGGAAGCUGCUGAAAAAACAAGUGGAGCUUGUUUACCUGAGUGCACCGCACCUUGUGCAGCAGGCCAGCAGUGAAGCUCCAGAGAAGGAGAAUGGCUCAGGCCCUGGUGCCAACGAGGACCCCAGGGGUUGGUGGUUUUCUGACAUCCAUGCUCGAAGUUUCAGUGCUCAGCAACUGUGUGAGGAAAGCCUGGGGCUCGACGAGAGCGUGUCAUUUGUGAGAGCAGCUGUGAAGGACCUAGGCCCGUUUGACGGCAUCAUGGGCUUUAGUCAAGGAGCAGCUUUUGUGGCCAUGCUGUGUUUUCUACAGGAGCAGAAACUGGAGCCAGAGUUCAGUUUUCGCUUUGCCAUCCUGGUCGCUGGUUUCUGCAGCGCAUGUAAGGAACACCAAAAAUUCUACAAUUUUCCCCUCACAAUCCCCUCCCUGCAUGUGUUUGGACUGGAGGAUCGAGUCAUCCCUGACAACAUGAGCAGGGAGCUACUCCUCUCCUUCCAAGAGCCUCAGGUCCUGACACACCCUGGUGGCCAUUUUGUUCCUGCUGCGUCAGCUCACAGGCAGGUUUACCAGGACUUUCUCAAAAAGUUCCAGUGAGAAGACACUCAGUCUGGUCCAAAUGAAGAGCUACAAACUGACUAAGACUCGAGCGCUGCCUCACCAGGGAAUGCUCAUUAUUUAAUGUUCAGAAAAAUCUUGUGCCAAUUUUAAGUAAAAAGUUCAGAGGGCCUAUGUGUUCUGAUCUGAUCUGAUCCAUCCAGAACGGUGUGAUGACUGCUGUCCAUCUCAGGGAAGACAUCUUGUAACAGACAAUAAAUACAACACAACUGUUUAUGUACUCUGGUCUCUGUUUUUUUUUUUAGUUGUGUGAUAUUUUUAUUAUUUAUUGCCUAAUUAAUUGCUAAAAUGUAAAUUGUAUCAUGAAUGUUUUUGAGUUCAAUGUAUAUUUGUGACUUUAUCUUAA